AUGUGCCAUGCCACCGCAGGUACAGAGGAAAUAGAGUAUACGAUGGAGAACGAGUCACAGCACUCAAGUACGACACCAAGGGAUUUUACAUUCCAAUUGUUAAAGCAAAUUACAAAUGAUUUUUCCGAGGACAACAGAAUUGGUGUUGGCGGGUAUGGAGUAGUCUACAAGGGAACGCUCGACAAUGGUGAAGUGAUUGCUGUGAAGAAGCUUUAUUACAAGCAUCCAGGACUUGACAGCGACAAGCAAUUUCAGAAUGAGUGUACUAACCUUAUGAGGGUUCGUCAUCAAAAUAUAGUAAGAUUGGUUGGCUACUGCCAUGAAAUACGUCAUAAAUGCGUAGAGCACAAUGGGAAAUAUGUUUUUGCUAUGGUGGAAGAUAGAGCUCUCUGCUUUGAAUACUUGGAGGGUGGAAGCCUUGACAAACAUCUCUCGGACGAAUCCUGCGGAUUUGGUUGGCACACGCGUUACAAAAUCAUUAAAGGAAUUUGUGAGGGAUUAAAUUACCUUCAUAAUGGAUCAAAAGAAUCAAUUUUCCAUCUGGACUUGAAACCAGCCAAUAUAUUGCUGGAUAGGAAUAUGAUGCCAAAGAUAGGAGAUUUUGGUCUGUCCAGACUCUUCGAUUCAACAGAAACCUGUUCCACCAAAGGAAUUAUAGGAACACCUGGAUACAUGCCACCAGAAUACAUCAAUAGGUUCCACAUCACACCAAAGUUUGACGUAUUCAGUUUGGGCGUUACAAUCAUAAAAAUAAUGGCAGGACACCAGGGCUACUCCAACUUUGCGGAUAUGUCUUCCCAAGAAUUUAUUCAACUUGUACAUGGAAACUGGGAAAAGGCGUUGCGGACAACUGUGUUGUCAGAUACAUCACAUGGAGUUAAGAAAUGCAUUGAAAUAGCAUUAAAAUGUGUGGAGGCUGACCGAGCGAAAAGGCCUACUAUAGCCGAGGUUGUGGAUGAAUUGAGUAAGAUUGAUACUACCAUUAUCGAUGAACUAAAUAAGAUUGAUACAGCCAGAAGUUCAACAAUAGAGCAGGUCACCAAUCUACGAAGCAAUCAGGCCUUCAACCCAUGUGUAAACUCAGGAAUGUUUGCAAAAGAUGGGAGUAUGAUUAGUUCCUGCAGCAGUCGAGCCACUCGAGCCUCUUCGGAUUCGGUGCUUCUAAGCACGAAUAUUAAAUGCCAGAUCUUGCCAUCAGCCAGUGUUAAAAUCUUCAGUUAUGAUAAUCUCAGGUUAGCCACAAGGAGGUUCCGUGCUAACACAAUGACCGGUGAAGGAGGAUUUGGAUGUGUAUGUAAAGGAUGGAUUGAUGAGAACACAUUUUCACCUUGCAAACCUGGCACUGGUAUACCUGUCGCAGUGAAAAGAUUCAACCCGGAGAGUUUGCAAGAGCACCAAGAAUGGUUGGCAGAAAUUAAUCACCUAGGUCACCUUUCCCAUCCCAACCUUGUGAAGCUAUUUGGCUACUGCUUAGAGGAUGAGUACCGGCUACUCGUUUACGAGUUUUUACCACAUGGGAGCUUGGAAAAUCAUCUUUUCAGGAGAGGCUCAUGUCAACCUCUUUCAUGGAACAUGAGAAUGAAAGUUGCACUUGGAGCUGCAAAAGCACUAGCUUACCUUCACAGUACAAAUAUUAUUGUUAGAGAUGUUAAGAAUUCCAAUAUUCUCCUUGACACAGACUAUAACGUGAAGCUCACCGGUCUUGGAUUGGCAGUUAAUGGUCCUGUUGGUGAGGAGAGUCAUUUAUCUACGAGGAUUAUGGGAACAUAUGGUUAUGCAGCUCCAGAAUAUGUGGCAACAGGCCGACUUACACAGAAGUGUGACAUCUAUGGCUUUGGAGUAUUGCUUCUGGAGAUGUUGUCAGGUCGCCGUGCCCUUGACCCGAACCGACCAGCAGAGGAGCAACACCUUGUGGACUGGGCCAGACCAUAUCUCAAACAUAAGCACAAGAUACGUUGUAUCAUAGAUGCCAAGCUAGGAGGUAUUUACUCAUUCGGUGCGGUGCAGAAAAUCGCUGCCCUUGCCCUCGAGUGCGUUUGCUUGGACCCCAAAAAGAGGCCGACCAUGGACUCGGUGGUCUCUGUCCUUGAAGGUGUUCAGGAAGCCGAGGAACCAGAAGCAGCGGAGCACCAGGAAUCAAACAAAAAGGUCACUGCGAGCAGGAAGAACGGCAAAUCUCGCUGGAAUAUCUUCGGAGGGGGGCCGUCGUGA